AUGCUUCUUUCACCUGAACAAUUUGCUAGAUUAAUCGAAUAUGCUAGUUAUUCAAGCCACAAACUACUUGAUAUGUUGACUGAAUUUUCUCACCCGGAAGGAAUGUUUUAUCGAUAUUUAUCGCCAGAUUUGCAAACUAUUGAUUUUGAGGGUUUCAAUUCCUUCAUAAAUUGUUAUUUUGGAGCAGAAUUGCCAGCAGAUUUAAUCCAACAAUUAUUUUUGUCUUUUUGUCCAUCAACACAAGAAUUACCUCAAAGAAGAAGUUCAAUAAUUGAAGAAACUGUAAAAGGAGUUAAAAAUAUUUUUAGAAAAGAAUCUACAAAUUUAUUAAAAAAAGAAAAUAAUCGAAAAGAAUCUUCAAUCAAAAAUUUAUCAAAACAAUCGGUCAGUGGGCUUUUUAAUGGAAUUAUUGAUUUAAAUAAAGAACAACAACAACAAAUACUUCAGCAACAACAACAGAGUUUGUCACCAGUUCCAGAUUUAGAAGAAAGAAGAAUACCUUUAAAACCUUUGGUUUGUUAUUUGAGUUUGUUGGAAGGAGCACCUCCUGAAGAUAAAUUAGAAUUUGUUUUUCAUGUCUACGAUAAUGAUGGUAAUGGUUAUCUUGAUCAUAAAGAAGUUGAAUCAAUUAUUGAACAGAUGAUGAAUGUUGCAAGAUAUCAACAAUGGGAUACAAUUGAAUUAGAACCGAUUCUUCGCCAAAUGAUGCAAGAAAUUGAUUAUGACAAUGAUGGAAUUGUUUCGUUAGAGGAGUGGAAACGUGGGGGAUUAACUACAAUUCCUUUACUUGUUUUGCUUGGAUUUGACACGGAAAUUAAAGAAGAUGGAUUUCAUAUUUGGCGACUUCGACAUUUUAGUAAACCAACAUAUUGCAAUGUUUGUUUGAAUAUGUUGGUUGGUUGGGGAGGUAAACAAGGAUUAGCUUGUUCUCUUUGUAAAUACACUGUACACGAACGUUGUGUUCACUCAGCAUCAAAUAAUUGUAUCCAUACAUACAAUUCUAAUGCUUCUUCUAUGAGAGAACAACCAAUUCAACAACAUCAUUGGAUGGAUUCUAACUGUGCUGGAAAGUGUUCAAAAUGUAAAGCAAAUGUAGGAAUAUUUCAAGGACGGCAUUGUCGUUGGUGCAAAAAUUUGCUUCAUUCAAAAUGUAUUUCACUUUGGCCAACAGCUUGUGAUUUUGGACAGCUUGCUGCUAGCAUUCUUCCUCCUGUAAAUAUUAUUCCUACAUUUUUGGAUAGAUCAACAACUUCUGCUACAACUAAUAAUACCUCAGCUACCGUUUCUACAAUAACAACAAUACUACCUUCAACUUCACAGCAACAGCAACAAAGUCAAAGUACAGCAACAAUAAAUAAUAAUGGUGCAAGUGGAGGUCCUCUUCAGUUAAAAACAAUUCCAUUAUCACCAAAUAGCCGUUCUCGCCCUCUUUUAGUUUUAAUUAAUCCAAAAAGUGGAGGAAGACAAGGCGAACGUAUUUUUAGAAAGUAUGUUUAUAAUUUAAUCAAAGAUGGGCCAGAACCCGGAUUAAAUUUAUUUAAAUCAUUAAAUAAUUAUAAUGUACUAGUUUGUGGUGGAGAUGGAACUGUUGGAUGGGUAUUAGAAUCAAUGGAUAAAAUGGAAUAUGGAGAUAAUCGUCCACCUGUUGCUGUACUUCCAUUAGGCACUGGUAAUGAUUUGGCAAGAUGUUUAAAAUGGGGAGGAGGUUAUGAAAACGAACCCUUACAAAAAAUUUUACAUCAAAUAGAGAAGGCAAAUCAGGUUUUAAUGGAUAGAUGGCAAAUAACAAUUGAACAAACUAGACGUUUUGACAAAGGAGAUCCACAACCUUAUCAUAUAAUUAAUAAUUAUUUUUCGAUUGGUGUUGAUGCUUCAAUUGCACAUCGUUUCCAUGUAAUGCGUGAAAAAUAUCCAGAAAAAUUUAAUUCUAGAAUGAGAAAUAAAUUGUGGUAUUUUGAAUUGGGUACAAGCGAAACAUUAAGUAGCAGUUGUAAAAAUUUACAUGAACAAAUUGAUAUUUUGUGUGAUGGAGAAACUAUUGAUUUGGGUGUUGGACCUAAUUUGGAAGGAAUUGCUUUGCUAAAUAUUGCAAGCAUUUAUGGAGGUAGCAAUCUUUGGGGAAAUAGCAGAAAAAGUUCAACAUCUUGGCAUAUACCUUACUUAUUUCCACAAAUUGCAAAUAGUCAAUUACAGCAUAGAGUACAGGACAUUGGGGAUAAAUUAAUUGAGGUUGUUGGCCUUGAAUCAGCCAUUCAAAUGGGACAAAUAAAAGCGGGAGUAAGGCAAGCAAGAAGACUGGCACAAUGUUCAACAGUAGUUAUACAAACUCAUAAAACUUUACCAAUGCAAAUCGACGGAGAACCAUGGACUCAGCCGCCCGCAAUCAUUCAAGUUAUUCAUAAAAAUCAAGCACCAAUGCUUAUUGGUAACCGGAAGAGGAGUACUUGGAAUUUAUUAAGACGACAACAAACUGAAGAUGUUUAA